AUGACUUUAUAUAGCUGCUGCUUGAUUCUUUUGCUGUUUACCUGGAACACUGCUGCCUAUGGGCCAAACCAACGGGCACAGAAGAAGGGAGACAUUAUUCUCGGAGGAUUGUUCCCCAUUCAUUUUGGAGUGGCUGCUAAAGACCAGGACCUAAAAUCAAGACCAGAGUCAGUGGAGUGUAUAAGGUAUAAUUUCCGAGGCUUCCGUUGGCUCCAAGCUAUGAUCUUUGCCAUAGAAGAAAUAAAUAGUAGCCCAACUCUCCUUCCCAACAUGACCCUGGGGUACAGGAUAUUUGACACUUGCAAUACUGUCUCCAAAGCUCUGGAGGCCACUCUGAGUUUUGUGGCCCAGAACAAGAUAGACUCCUUGAACUUGGACGAAUUCUGCAACUGCUCAGAACAUAUACCUUCCACCAUUGCAGUCGUGGGAGCAACUGGCUCUGGCAUCUCUACCGCUGUGGCCAAUCUGCUGGGACUCUUCUACAUACCUCAGGUCAGCUAUGCCUCAUCCAGUCGUCUCUUGAGCAAUAAGAACCAGUUCAAGUCCUUCCUCCGCACGAUCCCCAAUGAUGAGCAUCAGGCCACGGCGAUGGCAGACAUCAUCGAGUACUUCCGCUGGAACUGGGUGGGAACAAUUGCAGCCGAUGAUGACUACGGCCGGCCAGGGAUUGAAAAGUUUCGGGAGGAGGCGGAGGAGAGAGAUAUCUGCAUUGAUUUUAGCGAGCUCAUCUCCCAGUACUCAGAUGAAGAGGAGAUCCAGCAGGUGGUGGAGGUCAUCCAGAACUCCACAGCCAGGGUGAUUGUCGUUUUCUCCAGCGGCCCAGACCUCGAGCCUCUCAUCAAAGAGAUUGUCAGGCGAAACAUCACCGGCAAGAUCUGGCUGGCGAGCGAGGCUUGGGCCAGCUCUUCCCUGAUAGCCAUGCCAGAGUUCUUCCGUGUUAUUGGAAGCACCAUUGGAUUUGCACUGAAAGCAGGACAGAUCCCAGGCUUUCGUGAGUUCCUGCAGAAGGUGCAUCCCAAGAAGUCCACCAACAAUGGCUUUGCCAAGGAAUUUUGGGAGGAGACGUUUAACUGCUAUCUCCCCGACGGGUCCAAAAACUCUCCAGCUUCAACUUCCUUCCACAAAGGCCAUGAAGAGGGACUGGGAGCUGGAAAUGGAACAGCUGCCUUCCGACCUCCAUGCACAGGGGAUGAGAACAUCACCAGCGUGGAGACACCGUACCUGGACUACACACAUUUGCGGAUAUCCUAUAAUGUGUAUUUGGCAGUAUAUUCUAUUGCCCAUGCCUUGCAGGAUAUAUAUACCUGUACUCCUGGGAAAGGACUGUUCACUAAUGGAUCCUGUGCUGAUAUUAAGAAGGUUGAGGCAUGGCAGGUUCUCAAGCAUCUGCGACACUUAAAUUUCACCAAUAACAUGGGGGAGCAAGUGGAUUUUGAUGAGUUUGGGGACCUGGUAGGGAAUUACUCAAUAAUCAAUUGGCAUCUCUCUCCGGAGGAUGGGUCAGUCGUCUUUGAAGAAGUUGGGCACUACAAUGUUUAUGCCAAGAAAGGAGAGAGGCUCUUUAUCAAUGAAAACAAGAUCCUGUGGAGUGGAUUCUCUAAGGAGGCACUUGCCACCAUUAACUCUCUUUAUGCUCUUUUCUUACAGGUGCCUUUCUCUAACUGCAGCAGAGACUGCCUCCCAGGCACGAGGAAGGGCAUUAUUGAGGGAGAGCCCACCUGCUGCUUUGAGUGCGUGGACUGCCCUGACGGGGAGUACAGCGAUGAAACAGAUGCAAGUGCCUGUGACAAGUGCCCUGAGGAUUACUGGUCCAAUGAGAACCACACAUCCUGCAUCCCCAAGCAGAUAGAGUUUCUGUCCUGGACUGAGCCCUUUGGGAUCGCUCUGACACUCUUUGCUGUGCUGGGAAUUUUCCUGACUUCUUUUGUCCUGGGAGUCUUCACCAAAUUUCGCAACACACCCAUCGUCAAGGCCACAAACAGGGAGCUGUCCUACCUCCUCCUCUUCUCCUUGCUUUGCUGCUUCUCCAGCUCGUUGUUCUUCAUUGGUGAGCCCCAGAACUGGACUUGCCGUCUGCGACAGCCAGCUUUCGGCAUCAGCUUUGUCCUUUGCAUCUCCUGCAUCCUGGUGAAAACCAACCGUGUCCUGCUCGUCUUUGAGGCGAAGAUCCCCACAAGCCUUCACCGAAAGUGGUGGGGCCUCAACCUCCAGUUCCUCCUGGUCUUCUUGUGCACGUUUGUGCAGAUCGUCAUCUGCGUCAUUUGGCUCUACACGGCCCCGCCGUCCAGUUACCGAAACCAUGAGCUGGAGGAUGAGAUUAUCUUCAUCACCUGCCAUGAGGGCUCCCUGAUGGCCCUCGGCUUCCUCAUUGGCUACACCUGCCUCCUGGCAGCCAUCUGCUUCUUCUUUGCCUUCAAGUCUCGCAAGCUGCCUGAGAACUUCAACGAGGCCAAGUUCAUCACCUUCAGCAUGCUGAUAUUCUUCAUCGUGUGGAUCUCCUUCAUCCCUGCUUAUGCCAGCACGUACGGAAAGUUUGUCUCUGCCGUGGAGGUGAUUGCAAUACUGGCUGCCAGCUUCGGGCUCCUGGCCUGCAUCUUCUUCAACAAGGUCUACAUCAUCCUCUUCAAGCCCUCUCGCAACACUAUUGAGGAGGUGCGCUGCAGCACAGCCGCCCACGCGUUCAAGGUGGCCGCCCGGGCCACGCUGAGACGCAGCAACGUGUCACGCAAGCGCUCCAACAGCCUGGGGGGCUCCACCGGCUCCACUCCUUCCUCCUCCAUCAGCAGCAAGAGCAACCACGAGGACCCUUUCCCUCUACCCGCCUCCGCCGAGCGGCAGCGCCAGCAGCAGCGCGGGUGCAAGCAGAAAGUCAGCUUUGGGAGCGGCACGGUCACGCUGUCACUGAGCUUCGAGGAGCCGCAGAAGAACGCCAUGGCCAACAGAAACGCCAAGCGCAGGAACUCCCUGGAGGCCCAGAACAGCGACGACAGCCUCAUGCGGCACCGGGCCUUGCUUCCCCUGCAGAACACUGAGCCCCUCGGCACUGAGCCUGGCUUCCAGGCAGCUUCCAGCCCAGAGAGCAGCUCGCAGGAGUCAGUGGUUGGAGACACUAAGGAAGAGGUACCAAACCCUGAGACGGAGCCUUCCCUGCCGUCGGCCAACUCCCGAAAUUUUAUAGGCACUGGAGGCGGUUCUGUCACAGAGAACACGGUACAUUCCUAA